UGCCGAGUCCCAGAGUAGUGCCUGACUUCAUGCCUCUAUUCCCGUAGCUACGAGCUUGCCGCGUGACCCUCUGGGCGUUGCAAGUGGACAUUACCUUUAAGUCUCACCAGCUGCCGCAUAGCUUACCCAAACCUCACUCGUUGCUCUUCACUAACGGCGUCAUGUUUCGUCAACCAAUCGUGAGACUAAGACGGUCUGUCUUGCCUUUGUUCAACGGUGGUAGGUUUCGGGCAAAGACAUCUGGACCCCGUAAAAUUGUUAGACCAGGACCCGAACACGUGCAAAAAGCGUUCUGGACAACAGGAAGAGUAUUAUUAUUCUCGGCUUUCACCGGCACAGCGACAUAUCUGUAUGGCAUCAAUGAUGCCUCCAAACUACAGCUUCCCUGGAUGAAAUCUAUAGGCCCACAGUAUGCUUCAAAGAAAGUGAUGGAGAAGGCUAUUGAGGAACUGCGAGUAGCUUUCGGUGAAGAUGCAAUCAGCACCGAUGACGAAGAUCUCCACAGACAUGGCUACUCGGAAUGGUCUUCCGUCAACAUCGAUCAACUUCCGGUCGCAGUCGCGUAUCCCAAAUCUACAGAAGAGGUGUCGCAGCUUGCGAAAGUAUGCCACAAGUACAGAAUUCCUAUGAUUCCAUACUCUGGUGGAUCAAGUCUUGAGGCCAACUUCGCUGCACCUUUCGGUGGGAUGAGCAUUGACUUCACGUUCAUGGAUCAGGUUCUAACACUCCACGCCGAUGACAUGGACGUCGUCGUGCAACCUUCCGUCCCUUGGAUGAGCCUGAACGACCAAAUCAAAGACUCUGGAUUGUUUUUUCCCGUGGACCCGGGCCCAUCUGCCAGGAUUGGUGGCAUGGUUGGCACAAGCUGCAGUGGGACCAAUGCAGUCCGAUAUGGCACAAUGAAGGAAUGGGUCAUCAACCUGACGGUUGUUCUCGCUGAUGGCACAGUAAUCAAGACGAGGAAGCGGCCAAGGAAGUCCUCAGCCGGCUACAACCUCACAAAUCUCUUUGUUGGAUCUGAAGGCACGUUAGGUAUCGUGACUGAGAUCACAUUGAAACUGGCGGUCAUUCCACAGGAAACCAGCGUUGCUGUUGUUACGUUUCCCACGAUCCGUGAUGCUGCCGCAGCGGCUUCCAGAGUUCUCAGAGCAGGUAUACCCGUUGCUGCAAUGGAGAUAAUGGACGAUGUGCAGAUGGGUGUGAUCAACAAAGCUGGUUCAACGAACAGGAAGUGGAAAGAGGUUCCGACCAUGUUUUUCAAAUUCUCAGGCACCAAAGCAGGAGUGCGAGAAAACAUCCAACUAGUAAAGGACAUAUCCAGAAAGCACAAGAGCGGCGAUUUUGAAUUCGCAAAAAACGCUGAAGAAGGCAAGCAGCUUUGGUCGGCGCGUAAAGAGUCUCUAUGGAGCAUGAUGGCGAUACGCAGAGAAGGCGACGAAGUCUGGUCAACCGACGUUGCUGUUCCAAUUUCAAGAUUACCGGACAUCAUAGAGAUCUCAAAGAAGGAGAUGGAUGAUCUUGGUUUGUUUGCCAGUAUCUUGGGCCACAUUGGAGACGGCAAUUUUCACGAGAGCAUUAUGUACAACAGCAAGGACCCGAAAGAGCGCGCAGCUGUCGAGAAAUGUGUUCACGAUAUGGUUGAGCGCGCACUGGAGAUGGAAGGUACCUGCACCGGCGAGCACGGCAUCGGUUUGGGCAAGAAAGCCUCGCUGCAAAAGGAACUCGGAUUUGACACGAUCAAUGUCAUGAGAAGCAUCAAGGGCGCGCUGGAUCCGUAUUGGCUUAUGAACCCCGGGAAGAUCAUGGAUGCAAAGGCAUGAGCAGGGGUAUGAAGUGCAGCAUUCCUUCGGCGUAUUGCAAAAUCGCAUGGGAGGAUGUCUGAAUUUACGGCAUUUGUGCAAUAGGUACGUUGCUAUGCACACAUUUGCGGCAGCAUCCUGUGGUUUUCCAAACAUGUGUGCAAUGCCGAUGCUCCAAUAGCAGUGUUGGUGAAAUUUGCUAAGCACCUCCGCGAUCGGUGAUUCACAAACCCCCGCGUCAUACCUAG